AACACACCGCCAUUCGUCGUGGAAAGCAUAACAGAUAUAUCGUUAUAACUUUUGGCAUUGCUUUCUUUCGUUUUCCAUAGAGAGAGAAUUGAAGGCGGCUUUCAAACUUGUUCUUCAAGAAAAUUGAUCUGUUCAUCUCUCAUAUUCAUACAUAUAGAUAAUCUGUUUCAAAGACCAAGAGAUACAAGAUGGUCAGAGCAUAUUCACAAGAGCAUAUUUAUAGGCACCCAUGGGAACGAGUUACUUCUGCAUCCUGGCGCAAGUUCGCUGAUCCUAUGAACAAACGUGCCCUAUCUCACAUCCUUGAGGUUGAUACAUUAGAUCACAAGCUUGACGCCAACUUAGGGAAGCUUUACACAACUCGUGUCAUCACUAUACAUGCACCUGGGCCUUGGUUUGUUCGCAAAAUCAUUGGUCAAGAUAUAUGUCACUGUAUUGAAUCAACGGUUGUUGAUGCACAAAGUCGGUCAAUGCAACUUUCUACUCGUAACAUCAGUCUCCAAAAUUUUAUUGAGGUAGAGGAGAAAAUUAGAUAUGAUCCUCAUCCUGAUAAUCCAAAUUCAUGGACAGUCUGCAAGCAGGAAACUAGUAUUAAGAUUAAGCCUUUAUCAGCACUGGCUUCUAUGGCAGAGAAAAUAGAGCAGAGAUGUGUAGAGAAGUUCCAAUCGAACAGCGCAAAGGGUAGAGAGGUUAUGGAGCGGAUGUGCAAGUUCCUUGAAGCUGAAGCCAAUGGCAUUUCAGCAUGACGACCAAGUUCUGACUAGCUUUACGGCUUCUUCAGUGAGUAGC